CCAGCUCACAUGCACUACCCUCUGCAUCAGCACAUCUUUUGGAUGUUCUGAUAAGGUGGCAGGUUUAUUUGCAUGGUGUGCAUUGGGCUGUGAGCUUCUUUUGUGACCUGACAAAACAAAAAACCCACUAUACAUAUUAUAUGGUUCUAUCUACUGUCGUUAUUUUAAUUGUCUUUGUUAUCAAGUGUUAUAUUUCUGUAGUUCUGAAGAGGAGUUGUCUCCUUAUGGCUGUUAAUACUGCAGGCACAUUAGCAGACGUUAUUUCAUCUCACCAUCAGAAAUGAAGCCUCUGUUUUUGUAUUUGAACACCUCCACACUUCGGUCCCAAAACCUCCUAUCUGAUGCACCGAAUCAUGACAUCAAAUAACCACAGUAUUCUAACCAAUCAUAUGCUGGUAAAUGUUUCAUACGUUAGCUACGUACCACUCCCACUGGCCCUCCCACAGUCUUUACACCCGCGCAGUUCUCGUGGCAGUAGUUGUCAUGGAGAUAGAAGUGGUCCCAGCGUCAGCUCAUGGUGAUGUUGCCAUGGAGAUCCUAGCCAAAGCUCCGCUGGCGGUGCUGGAAGAGGAAGAUAGCAGCGCGGGACUGGCAUCCGAGGAGCUCGGGGAACGAGUUCAGCACCGCGGACAGCACCGUCGACGAGGACCACCGUUCUGUCACGAAAGAUAUUACAUGCUUAUUGUGAUCGGAGAGAUCGCGACAGAACUCCAGCUGCAGUCUGUCAGAGAACACAUUGAACAGGGUAUUCGCUCCUGGGACAUCAGCCUCACUUCCUGUGACCUUCCGCGGGAGUUGCAGCUCUUCGUGACGCGGCACUCUGCCCAUUUUUCUGAAGAGGUUAGAGGACAGAGAACUCUGCACCACUGCAGUGAUGUCCUGGAGACUGUGGUCUUAGUCAACCCCUCAGAGGGCGCCGUCACAUCUGAGGUCUGGGACUUGAUCUACGACUCGGCAGCACAUAAGUUACUGAUUCUAAGUGGUCAAAGCAGUGACCAGGGCAGUGACCUCCUCUUGCAGAGCGGGGCAUUCUCCUUCAAAAACGUCUCAGAAAUCUUCUGUGAUCCUGGGGUUGUUGACUUGCUUGGCAGAGCAGCCCCUGAGCACCAGGCCACACUUACGGUGUCCUGCCGUGGUGAGGGCUGCUGGAGCUUCCUGGGCAGGCAGCAGCACUUUCAGGAGUUCUUCAAAUACAGACUGAAUCCUAAGCCUGCAUUGCCCAAGAUGGACGGGGUCACAGACUUCACUGAGUAUCUUUCUGAGACAGUGGAUGUGCCAUCGCCCUUUGACCUCCUGGAGCCACCCACCUCUGGGGGCUUCCUAAAGCUGUCCAAACCAUGCUGUUACAUCUUCCCUGGGGGAAGGGGAGACUCUGCCCUCUUUGCAGUGAAUGGCUUCAACAUAUUGGUGGAUGGAGGUUCAGAACGCAAGUCAUGUUUCUGGAAGUUGGUCAGACACCUGGACCGAAUCGACUCCGUUCUUCUUACGCAUAUUGGGGCAGAUAACCUCCCUGGAAUCAAUGGGCUCCUCCAGAGAAAGAUGGCUGAGCAGGACGAGGAAAGGUCACAGGGCUCCACCACCUACAGUGACUGGAUGAAGAACCUGAUCUCCCCAGAGCUGGGUGUUGUGUUCUUCAAUGUUCCUGAAAAACUUCGGACACCUGAAUCAACUCUAAAGGCUAAGCGCAGCAUUGAGGAGGCUUCUCUUACUCUGCAGUACCUCAGCAAACUAGGAAUAAAGCCCGAGCCACUAUUCAGGGCGGUCAGCAACACUGUGGAGCCCAUUACCUUGUUCCACAAGAUGGGUGUGGGCCGUCUUGACAUGUAUGUUCUAAACCCAGUGAAGGACAGUAAAGAGAUGCAGUUCCUUAUGCAGAAAUGGGCUGGAAACAGUAAGGCUAAAACAGGAAUUGUGCUGCCCAAUGGAAAAGAAGGGGAGAUCUCUGUUCCUUACCUGACUUCUGUAACAGCUCUAGUGGUCUGGCUCCCUGCUAACCCUUCAGAGAAGAUCAUUAGAGUGCUGUUUCCUGGAAACGCUCCACAGAACAAAAUCUUAGAAGGACUGGAAAAGUUGAAGCACCUUGACUUUCUGCGUUACCCAGUAGCCACUCAGAAAGACAUAUCCUCUGGAGCACCCCCUACCAUUGUAAAACAGACAAAAAUGAAGCAAAGGGUCGACAGCAAAGAAAGCCUUAAAUCUUCCCCCAGGACAAAUGUAGCCUCAAAAGCUGCUAAGAAAGAGGGAGAUGGGUGCGAGGAAAUGUUUGUCACAGAGACAAAGAGUGGCUCUGUAAAGGAGAACAAGAUUGAGAAAAAAGAGAAGAAACUGAGAGAAACUGAUAAAAUUACCAAGCCAGUGAAAGCUAAGACAGACUCAUCUGAGACAGUAAAACAGGAGAAAAAGAAGCUAUCUAAGGAAAAGUCUAUGAAAAAACAUACAAAGGACAGGGUGUCCAAGAUGGAUGAGAAGAAGGACAAAGAGAAGAAAGAGAUCAAGAAGGUAAAGAAAGAUGAUUCAGCUAAAAAAGAUGAUAAAAAAGAAAGCAAAAUGAAGGAAGACAAAAAGAAGGAUGCAGCUAAGCCAGAAUUAAGAAAAAUCACUAAGCCUGACCUAAAACCCUUUACUCCAGAGGUUCGAAAGACCCUGCACAAAGCUAAAACGCAUGGAAAAACUGACAAAACCAAAGCUAAAAUAGUCAAAGAACAAACAGCUGUAUGUGCGCCUACUGCAGUACCAGCUACUGAAGAGAUUCAACCAGAGACUCGACCAGAAACUCAACCAGUGAUACAGCCAGGAGCUCAACCAGAGAGUCAGCCAGAGAUUCAAUCAGAGACUCUGCCAGAGAUCCAAUCAGAGACCCUGCCAGAGAUCGAACCAGAGGCUCAGCCAGAGAGCCAAAUAGAGGCUCAGUCAGUAAGCCAACCAGAGACCCAUCAAGAGAUCCAAAUUGAGACUCAGCCAGUGAUCCAACCAGACAUACAAUCAGAGACUCAACAGAAGACUGAGUCAGAGAUUCAGCCAGAGAUACAUCUGAAAUCAGAAGAACCAGUGAUAUUAGAGGAUAGCUCCAUCAUUUCCUCCCCAGAAGAUCUCACUAAGGAUUUUGAGCAACUGAAACAGGAUGAGCUAUCCAAACUGGAAACAGUACCAGCAGACGAUAAAUUGAUGUCAUCAGAGCCUUGUGCAGAUGACACUGCGGUGCUGAGCCCUCAACAGGCAGGACUAAUCAAAGUUCCAUCCCACACUAUAACAGACACAACCUUACCACCCUUGUGGCCUCCUGAUGAUGGAGUAACAGCCACAGACACUGGGACUGAAUCUCAUUUCAGUAAGCAGCUCCCUAGAGAACUGGAGGCACAAUCACUGGCUAAAGAGGAAGAACCAUUUGAAGAUGAAGGUGCAGCCAGGGAUGAUGAUGACAUGGAAGAGGAGAGAGGACAUGCUAAAACGAAAACAGUGGAGGAAGAAGGUGAUAUGGGAAUGGGGGGUGAAGAAGAUGAAGGAAAGUGGAAGGAGGUUAAAGACAAUGAGGGAGUGGAAAGAAAGCAUGAGGAAGAGGAGAUGGAGAAAAAUGAAAAAUGUACAAGAAAGAGUAAAACACAGGAGGAUCCUAAAAGGAUGAAGGAUGAUGAAAAGGAAAUCGGUGUCAUGGAGCAAGCAGAAUUAGAGGCGGUUGAAGACUUAAAUGCAGUUGGUGAUGAGGAGUUUAAGGCUAAAACCAAAGACGACAAUAUAGAAAACAUUGACAAAAUGGAGUGGGAUAGUAAACAAAUGGGAGAUGACUUAUCUGCAAAAGAAGAUGAGGAUGAUGCUGGAUAUCUGUCCAACAUAGGAGCCACCACUGCUGCCAUUACAUCAACUGCACAAGGAGCCACUGCUGCAGAGCAUGUCUCCUAUAUUCAGGACGAGACUAUCCCGAGAUAUUCUGAAACCGAACAGACAAUCUCAGAUGAAGAGAUUCAUGAGGAAUCAGAAGACAGGAUGCCACACCUCUGUUAUGAAGUUGGGACCUAUGACAUUUCUGUCCCAGAUGAAACUGGGUCCUUCCAUGCCAUCCAUGGCAUAGGGGACGUGACAGCACCUGUCCCUGAUACACUAGACAUAGCAGCAAAGGGAUUCAUGGAUGGACAAGACUCCGCAUUAGCUGUGUACACUGCAAAUGUAAUUGCAGCACCCCUGGCAGAAGAGGAGCAUAUCUCCUCAGCUACAUCCAUCACUGAAUGCGAUAAACUUUCAUCUUUUGCCACCUCUGUUGCUGAAGAUCAAUCCAUAGCCUCUGUGACGGCACCCCAAUUGGAGGAAACUGGAAGAGGCACUUUGUUUCUGGACACAGCUAGCAACAUACCAUCAUCCGUUCAGGCUGAGGCCACCCAAGGGAGGGAUUAUGUGCACUCUGCUGGAACUAUCUCACCUACAUCCUCCUUGGAGGAGGACAAAUAUUUCAAAUCACCUCCUUCUGAGGAGCUCCAGCCUGUCCCAGCAGUAUUAGAGACAGGAGAUGAGCCAGUUCAGGAACAAGUGGAAGAAGAAGAUGAAGAAGAUGAUGAAGACCAGACACCCAAUGUUGAUAUUUCUCUGAGUAAGCUCCAGGAAGGCUAUGCAUUUCAUUCAAUGUUCCAUGACAGAGAUUCUGAAAUUCUCACUUCAUCUAUGCCACCCCCUACUUCACCACCACCUGUAGACACUCCUUACCCCCUUGCAGCUGGUGGAACACAGGCCUCUCUGACCAAAGAGGAGCCUAUGUUGGGAGGAGCUACAAAACCUCCCUCUCCCCAACCUUAUUUCUCCAGCAUGCUGGAAUCCAGUGCUUUCUUAGAAGGGGAGGAGAGAUGCCUGAGUCCAGAUGAUAGCACAGUGAAAAUGGCCUCCCCUACACAGUCCGGGCCUCCCAGCCCUGGCCUCACGCCCUCCCGUCAGUCACCCGUGGAGAAGGUUGAUGAGUUCCCAGGACAGGAGGAUAAAAAUGGUGACAGGGAAAGUCCACCAAAAGGCUCAAAAACAGAAGAGGAAGAUGGCAAAAAAGACAAGACAGAGCCUUGUCUGCACAAACAUGAACAUUUUGAACCUGCUGAGGUGGAGAAACUGCAAACUUUUGAAAAAGAAAUUACUGAUGCUGCUUUUUCCUCAGAGGAAAUUAGAGAGAAGCUCUGCCUAAUCCCAACAGAGCUUUCACUGAAACGGGAGACUAAGUCAGUUACCUCAGUGGAUGAGUCGAGAGAAAAACAAGUGGUAUCACCCACAGAAAAAGAUUUUAUGACAAAGGAUAUUUCCAAGGAAAUGGUAGUUCCUGAAGAAAGUAAUAAAGAGGUGGAAGAAGAUGAAAAGAGGAAGGAUGUACCUGUCAAACUGACAGAGGAAAAGCAGAGCACAUUUCCUGAUGUGAAGACCUGUGAGGCUAAGUCUUUUGAAGAAGGUAGGAUGAGGGAGGAAGAGAAAAAACAGCAGGCGAAAUCAUUGGAAGAUUCCUCCUUGCAAACCUCACAGGUUGGAUUAGAAACAAGAAAGCCAGCUACAGACUCACAUGAAGAACUCAAACCUAAGCUUCUACAUUCUGAAGGAGAGGAAAAAGACAAUGAGGGUGAUGAUGUUUGCUUAUCUGGAGCACAGUCCAGAUCUGAAUCACUAGAGCCUGGCAUGUCAGAGGUAUCCAAAGUGACUCAUCUGCCCUCUUCGAUUAUCUCUGAUCAACUGGACUUGAGGAGCGUUGAACAAGCUUCCACAGUGUCCCCUGAUACGUUUUCAGAAGAGGACUUACAAACAUCACCUCUCGAUGCCAUAGAAGAAGUGAGGCAUUUUCCACCUGUACCAGAAGAGGAGAGCACUAUCCAAACAAAAACUUUAUCACUGCCUGUCACCGACACUAUGACCAUUACCUCUGCUGUCAUUGCUGUAACUCAACCCACAGAAAUUGAAAAGGCAUCUGGAAGCUUUAUACAUUCCAUUAAUGACAGCCAGGGCAGUGUGGAUGAAUCUGCUCAACCCGAUAAUAUGAUACCUUCACAUAGUCCCAGCAAAGAUGGUAAUCAGUACUCCAGAGAAGCAUCAGGGCAGCAGGCAAAAGAGGAGAAGCCAGAGAAGGAAGCAAAGCGUGAAAUGGAGCGAGAACGUGAGGCUGCCUCUCCAGUCUCUGUUCCACCUACCCCAUAUUUCAGCGUGGAAAAGGACACAAAUGAAAAAAUCUCACAAGACAAUAAAGAUGUGCCUACAGACAAAGAGAGUCAUGAUGCAACUAAGUAUCAUCCUGAGGAGAAGCUAAUCACAGAAGGACAAGAAUGGGAUGCAAAGGAUGAGCUGAAAUCAAAAAUGGGACCUGGUGAUACAGCAGAAACAGGCAGCAAAGCUAUAUUUGAGUCAGAAGCUAAAGAAAAGGUUGAUAGGGGAGCUUCAGGAGCUUCUGUUGAGGAGCAGGACAGAGAGGAAAUUCUGUCAUUCAACAAAGCUGAUUACCAUGCAGCUGCUUUCAAAGAGACAGAGAAGAGUAUUUGUUUCGAUCGUGAUAACUCUCCAGAACAUGAAGUCCGUGAGAAAGGCCAGGAGGAGGAGAGUGAAAGGGAGGAGAGACAAGAUACUCCUUUUGUCGAUGGAAAAACCUUCAUGUACACUGAAAUCUAUGACAACAAAACAACUGAACACCUGGAACCCAAACAUCAACAGGAACAGCUUGACAAAAGUAAAGAAAAAACUAUUGAGAAAGAGGAAACUAAUGAGAAAGGGGAGUCUGCAGGCAAAGAGAAAACUCCUGAAAAAGAGGUUGCAUCCGAGAAAAAAGACCUGUCUCCUUCAGCAACAGCCGCAGCUGUGGACAAUAAUGGAAUGUCUGCCCAAGAGGAUGCAUUUCCCAGGGGUGCGUCAGGUGAAAAAUUGUCAUCUUCACCCUUGCCAGACCAGUCUAAUCUGGAGGCAAAAUUGUCCACCUUACAUGUUGAUGAUGUUCCAGAGAAACAGUCCGCAGAGAAGGAGACAGAGAAGGAAAAGACAACAUCUGAGAAUGAGAAAGAAAAACAAUAUGUACUUGAAACUGAUAAAAGAGAAUUUCCUUCAGGUUACCCUUUACCAGCAGAGAAAGAUCUUUCCUCCUCAGUCUCUUUGUUUGAUAACAAAGACAGCCACACCAGUACAGUCACCUGCACUAAAUCAUCAGGCCAGCACUUGGAUGACAAUAUUAUGGCAUCUGAGUACUCUGACAAUAGUAGUCCUGGUCCCAGUAAAUCUGGGAUAAGUCUCAGUGGAAAAGAGGGAGCCAUGGUGAUGGGUCAUAUGAGGUUAAUGAUGGAAGAAGAGGAUGAUGAGGAUGAAGAAGAUGUGGAGGCAGACGAGGAGGAUGGCAUGGGAGCGAAUGACUCAGAUUUGGAGAAAGGUGCCAAAGAAAAAUCAGAAAAGGAACAUGUAAGUUCUUUCAGCGAUGCCACCAGCUCAAAAUGUCCAGAGAUGAAAGAAACAGAGACAGACAUCUCCAGUGUACCUACAUAUGAGUAUGGCUUCAACGGGCAGGGAUCACCCUCUACAUUUGCACCAUCUCAACCCAGCCACAGCAGCCAACAGAUUGAGGCUGAGGAUGAUGCUGAGGCCGAGGAUGUUUCCCAUUUUAUCAAAGGCUACACUGAAAUGGGAUUAACAGGAACUGAAGAGCGUCCUUCUGAACCUAGGUAUUCCUGUGAUGAGGACAGCAGAGACUCUAAUCUCAGCAGCCAGGUGGACAGCAAAGAGAAGAAAGACAGAUUCCCUGAUCAAUCUGAACCUGCCCUGCCAGCUAAGCCAAGUGAAGAUCACCACCACAGGGAGACAGAACUAAAGCUGGAAGACCAGGACACGCAAGACAUCCUAAGCAAAGAAUCUGAGGAUUCUGCUUCUUUUAGUUUAGGCUACACAACCACACUGGCCGCUGCACAUUCCUCUGUCUCUUUCUUAUCCACCUCUGCCUCCCCCUCUGACAACCGCCAGCUUGGAGAGGAACGGGAGACACAUGCUGUGACAUCUGACACACCUUCCAGGCCUGAAAGUGCAGGCUUUGAAUAUUCCUCUUUUAAAGAGGAUCACUCCUUUGUCAUGGGUUCUCCUUUUUCAUGUUCUGGGGGUCUGGUUAAAGAUGAGUACCUGGAGGUCUCUGAAAAGCUGACCGUAACAACAACAACAACCACAGAGUCAACAUCCAGCCUCACAAAAUUCAGAGAUGAAGAGAUGAAGCCCUUCUCUUCAGUGGAGGAUAAAACAAAACAGGAUUUUGCAUCUGAGCAGGAUAAAAAGGAGCAGUAUUUUUCAUAUAAGCUGGAUAAGACAGACCAGCCUUUCAUAUCUGAAAAGGAUAAGGAAGGUCAGCUGUGUCCAUUAGAGCAGGCUAAGAAAGAACAUGAUUUUGCAUCUGAACAUGAAAAUGAAGAACAAUAUUUACAAUCUGAGCACGUUAGAAAAGAGCAGUUCUUUCCAUCUGAGCAGGAUAAGAAAGACCAGCCUUUCCCAUCAGACCAGGACACGAAAGAGGGUUUUUUAUGUGAACAUGAUAACAAAGAGCAGUAUUUCCCAUCUAAGCAGGUUAAAGAAGACCAAUCGCAUCCAUGUGAACAUAAGAAAGACCAAUCAUUCCCAUUUGAAGAUGCUAAGAAAGAGAAGCAUUUCCCAUUAGGGCAAGCUACUAAAGAGCAGCCCUACCAAUCUGAAGAGGAUAAGAAAUUGCAGCCCUGCCUAUCUAAACAUAAGACUGACCAGUCUUUCCCAUCUGAGGAUCAGAAAGAGCAGACCUGCUCACCUGAACAUGAGAAAAAACUGCCUUCAUCACCUGAUGAGGCUAAGAAAGAACAUGUUACAAAAGAACAGCCCUUCCCAUCAGAACAGGUUAGUGAGGAGCUGCCUUUCCCCACUGAGCAGGCUAAGAAAGAGCAGCCUUUCCCAUUAGAACAAGAUAAGGAGAAGCCCUGUGCUUCAGAGCCGGAUACAAAAGAACAGACCUUCCCUUUAGAACAAGCAUUGAAAGAGCAGACCUUCCCUUCUGAGCAGGAUGCAAACGAGCAAUUUUGCUCACCUGAGCAUGAGAAAAAACUGCCUUUAGCACCUGAAGAAGCUAAGAAAGAACAUGUUACAAAAGAACAGCUCUUCCCAUUUGAAGAGGCUAAGAAAGAGCAGCCCUUACCACCAGAGCAGGCUGCAAAAGAGCAGUCCUUCCGAUCUGAAGAGGGUAAGAAAUUGCAGCCCUGUGCUUCAGAGCCGGAUACAAAAGAACAGAUCUUGCCUUUAGAACAGGCAUUGAAAGAGCAGGGCUUCCCUUCUGAGCAGGAUACAAACGAGCAGACUUGCUCACCUGAGCAUGAGAAAAAACUGCCUUUAGCAUCUGAAGAAGCUAAGAAAGAACAGGUUACAAAAGAACAGCUCUUCCCAUUUGAAGAGGCUGCAAAAAAACAGUCCUUCCAAUCUGAAGAGGGUAAGAAACUACAGCCCUGUGCUUCAGAGCAGGAUACAAAAGAGCAGACCUUGCCUUUAGAGCAGGUUACGAAAGAGCAGACCUUGCCUUCAGUGCUGGAUACGAAACAGCAGAUCUUCCCUUCUGAGCAGGAUAUGAAAGAGCAGACCUUGUCGUCAGAGAAGGAUAUGAAAGAGCAGACCUUGCCUUUAGAGCAGGAUACAAAAGAGCAGACCUUGCCUUUAGAGCCUGAUACAAAAGAGCAGACCAUGCCUUCAGAGCAUGAUACAAAAGAGCAGACCUUCCCUUCAGAUCAGGAUACAAAAGAGCAGACCUUUCCUUCAGAGAAGGCUACGAAAGAACAGACCUUCCCUUCAGAUCAGGCUACAAAAGACCAGACCUUCCCUUCAGAGCAGGAUACAAAAGAGCAGACCAUGCCUUCAGAGCAUGAUACAAAAGAGCAGACCUUCCCUUCAGAUCAGGAUACAAAAGAGCAGACCUUUCCUUCAGAGAAGGCUACGAAAGAACAGACCUUCCCUUCAGAGCAGGAUACAAAAGAGCAGACCAUGCCUUCAGAGCAUGAUACAAAAGAGCAGACCUUCCCUUCAGAUCAGGAUACAAAAGAGCAGACCUUUCCUUCAGAGAAGGCUACGAAAGAACAGACCUUCCCUUCAGAUCAGGCUACAAAAGACCAGACCUUCCCUUCAAAGAAGGAUAUGAAAGAGCAGACCUUGCAUUCAGAGAAGGAUAUGAAAGAGCAGACCUUGCCUUCAGAGCAGGAUACAAAAGAGCAGACCUUGCCUUCAGAGAAGGAUAUGAAAGAGCAGACCUUCCCUUCAGAGCAGGAUACAAAAGAGCAGACCUUCCCUUCAGAGAAGGCUACGAAAGAGCAGACCUUCCCUUCAGAUCAGGAUACAAAAGACCAGACCUUCCCUUCAAAGAAGGAUAUGAAAGAGCAGACCUUGCAUUCAGAGAAGGAUAUGAAAGAGCACACCUUCCCUUCAGAGCAGGAUACAAAAGAGCAGACCUUCCCUUCAGAGCAGGAUACAAAAGAGCAGACCAUGCCUUCAGAGCAUGAUACAAAAGAGCAGACCUUGCCAUCAGAGCAGGAUAUGAAAGAGGUUUCCAGUGCAAUAGGCUCCAUGGCAGACCAGCCUCUGCAUUCUGAUCCAUGCUCUUCUAAGCUUGAUGAAGCUGAGGCACCAAAGAAACCCAAAGAUCCUGGAUCAGCUGCACCUUCUUCACCACAGUUACAAUUUGUCCAGGAAGGGUCCCGCAGUCUGUUUGAGGUCUCUCCAUUACAGCGAGCUGAAUCCUCAGAUAAAGACUUGGAACUAGAGAAUAAAGGUAGUGACGAAGAGCCUGAGAUGUGUGGUAUGGAACAGAGCACUUUACCAUGUCGAAUUGAAUGCCAAAGAUCUCCCACGGUCCCUACCAAGCCAAAGGAAGGAGAGCAGUGCACCUCACUGACCCAGGUGGGGAGUAGCACUUUCCCUGAUGUGCUGACAUCAUGUUCUUCCCAUCAAUCACCACAUACUAUGGACACAUCAUCAGAUAACAGUGGUACACAAUUCAGCAUAGUCCUUCCAGGGACCAUUUGUAGAGAAAUGCCCAGCACCUCAUUGGCAGCAGGUGAAAAAAACAUUGAAUAUGAGGAGGAGGAGGAAGAAGAAGAGGAGGAAGACAAGGAGAGAGGGAGGGAGCAGUCAAGAAAGUUGAGCAGUACAUGUGGGAUGCUGAAAGGUUUAUAUCCAGGUGAUUCACCUCCACUUUAUAGAGAAGUAGAUGAUGACCAGGAAGAAGAAGAGCGAGAGCCAGACCACCCUGCCCGACCCCUCUCACUGACAUCAGCCGAUCAGCCCUUCCACUCAUCCAUCUCCCCAGAGACAUCCCAAGAAAUAGGAUGUGACCCUGAGCAUCCGAGUGUCUGCACAGAGGUCACUUCCUCACACACAUCUGCCAGCUUCUCAUCCAGUGAAUACAAGCAUCGCAAAGGAGAGAUCUCCCCAUCAUUCAUUAACCCCAGCCCACAUCAGCUGUCCAGUGCAGAGGAGGAAGCCCGGGACAGUGACCAGUCCGAGGAGGGUGAGGAACAUCGGCAGCAGUCUUCAGUGAAGAAGAGAUCCCACAAACAUCAGCGCCACCACCAUACCCAUGGCCACCAGGGGGAGAGCACCAGUGCCACAGUUCCCAGGGUGAUGCUGGCUGGGGAGGAGACUCCACCCACUUCAUUGAGUGAAUCUCUGGCUUCACAGUCUGACUCUGAUGUGCCCCCUGAGACAGAAGAGUGUCCAUCUAUUACUGCAGAAGGCAACUUGGACUCAGAUGAGGAUGCUGAGCAUUUGCCAGUAGACAAAUCAGCUGGGGCCACUGGAACAGGUAGCCACCACUCACCAUUGCAAAAACCAUUGGAAAGGAGCCAGGACCCCCUGCCUGCACCAAUGAUAGACCCCUUUCCUCGUCCCCCUCACCCUGAUGUUUGCAUGGUCGACCCAGAGGUUCUGGCCAGUGACCAGAACCACACAGAUAGACCAUUCAAGAGGGAUAUGAAGGCUAACAAAGGUCUGCGGAAGUCACUGGGGAAACCAAAGUCAGCCUCUCCGGUCCGGAAAAGUGAAUCUAAGGCAAGAAGAUCCAGCACUCCAGUCAAACAGACCACUAAAGAUUCCUCACCUCGAGCUUCUUCUCUGAGGAGGAAGGAGGCAGAGAAGACAUCCAGAAUCUCAAGGGCAUCAGAGGGUCAAGGGGAAGAGAAUCCUGGGAGAGGUCUGGUCAAUGGGAUCAAAAGCAACACAGGUUCUAACUCCCAGAAGUUUAGUUCAACUGCAUCCUCUGGAUCACCUAUCUAUGUGGACCUGGCCUACAUCCCCAACCACUGCAGUGGCAAGAACGUGGACCAGGAGUUCUUCAAGAGACUGCGUGCCAUGUAUUACGUGGCGAGCGGGAAUGAUGUGGCCAGCGGGGAGCCAAGCCGUGGGGUUCUAGACGCACUGCUGGAGGGCAAAGCCCAAUGGGGCUCAAAUCUCCAGGUGACACUAAUCCCGACCCAUGACACGGAGGUGAUGCGGGACUGGUACCAGCAGACCCAUGAGAGACAGCAGGAGCUCAACAUCAUGGUUCUGGCCAGCAGUAGCACUGUCGUCAUGCAGGAUGAGUCUUUCCCAGCCUGCAAAAUCGAGUUCUAAAGGCCCAGAUGGGCCAUGAGUCCUGUAGCCCCCUGCUUCUGCCACUCUCCGUUUCUCCAUCUAUCCCUCUGUCUUUGUGUCUGUCUGUCUGUGGGAUGAGGGAGGGAGCUGUUGCAGUCAUCUCUUUAGUGAUGCCCACACCUUUCUCUAAAAGUUCUAUAUUCGUUACCAGCCUAUUUGAAGUGUGCUGCGCUCGUGUGUUUGGUCUCAAUCACUAGCCUUGUAUCACCAAACAUAUGCAAAUGUUGCGCUGCAGCACGCCGAGUACACGCAAACUCCUGUGAAAAUGUAUGUUUACCAGAGAGAAAGAGAGUGUGAAAAGUAUGUCUCUGUCUGAAGAAACAGGCCAUCAAAGGAGUAAGUGUCUGUGCACUUUAAACUUUGCAAACCUUUUGAGGUAAUUGAUGCCUUUUUACCAGUGGAAUAAUGAUAUGAAUACCUCUUUUUAAAUUAGACUCAGUCAAAGCACAAAUGUACCCUGUCUAAUAUUUAGCAUGCAACCAACUGCAGCAUAGGAGUUCCUUUCCCUUCUCCAGUGGGUGAAUUUAAAAUAAUCCAAAUUUCUCCUUUUAGCAUUAUCCCACUUAUCCAAGAGACUGGGGUAAGAGUGCACUAUCCCCCUUACUCUAGAGACUGGGUAAGCAUGCACUACCCACUUAAGGGCACCCUCUCCCACUUACCCUACAGAUUGGGUAAGUGUACACUACCCACUUUGCUAAGAGACCGGGACAAGUGUUCUACCCACAUAUCCUAGAGACUGAAUCUUUGAAUUUCUAUAAGGCAGUGUUGCUGAGUUCUUGUGCUCUAAAACUAGAGUGCCAUCUAUACACCUGUUUCAGGUGUGGACCACUCCCCCAGAAGUACCUGUGCCUAAUGUCGCAGGUGAAACUACAAACACUGAAUAUAUGAGAAGCUUCUUUUACCUAACCUACAGAAACACUCUUACAAAGAAGGGAAUGGCUGUUUAGGCUGCUGUUUUUAAGGGUAAUUAUAUUAAGUGCUGAAAUUAAUAUGUGGUACAACAGUAAAGAACCUUCUCAAAUUCUCGUACUCUGUGGACACAGCUUUUCAGAAAUGCGUUAUAUUUCUGUCUUUAGUGAAAAAAUAAUGCAAAAUAUUGAGCAGUCUGGAGUCUCCUGACUGCAGUAUUGUACGCACAGUUUGCUCGUAUACAGAUAGGACUUCCCUCUGUGGAGGGAUUCAUUUCCCAAAGGGAGAUUUUCUCUCAGAAUGUGUUUCAUGGGUUCAGCUCAUGUGAAAUGAAGUGCACUAUAGUGAAAUCUGUGGUUUAUUAAUGUAUUCAAUUUUCCUGUGUCAUAUAUGACAUGCAUUUUAAGGCAUGUAGUUGGAGUGUCAGUUAAAGAAGAUUUUUGUUGAAAGAAGUGUUCAGUAUGCAAACACCUGAGGGUGUUUACCUUUGCUGUGUGUGUGGUCUGGUCAGGUGGAGCAUCUAGCCAUCACUUGCUCUGCACUGUUUUAUUUGAGCCAGACUUUUGCUGUUGAGCUGAGCUCUUAAGAAUUCAGGCAGCAGAACCCGCAGGCUGUGUCUGAUUCAUGUUCUCCAAAUGUGGAGAAACCGUACACAUUUUUGCUAACUAUGCUACAGCAUGCUGUCACAGCAUUGUGAUCAUUCUGUCCCAACACAUUUUAAUUAUACUUGGUGAAUAUAUAAAUAAACAUAUAUAUAACAUAAAGAACUGUGCAUUAGACAUAAAAUAAUAAUUGCUGUUGCAAAGUAAUAAUUAAAGGGUGCCUUUGAGGCAUUUUGUUGAAUAUAGUUGAUCAACCAUUGGUUCAUGUAAUAAUUUAGCAUUCUCGCUCCGUCUUCAUCAUGUUCUCUCAAAGUAAAUUUGCACUGGUGUUUGAGCACGUUGAUGUGAGACCUCUAGGGUAUUGCACUAGAUAAAUGCAGCUGCCUAUUUUCAUGUAUAUUGUGUGUAUUAUGGGAUUAGGAUAUUUUUACACAUAAAAUAUAUUGCAAGUCAAUAAAUUAAAAAAAAAAAAGACAUGAGAAUCUUAUAUAUUCAAAAUGUAAUUGUCCUUGUGGCAGACUACUGGAAUGUUUGUAUGGGAUUUCCUGUAUUAUGAAUACAGUAUUUUUUGCUUUGGUUCUAUCAUUCUUUGGUUUAUUUUGAGAGUAGUGUUCACAUGGGAUGUAAUAACGCAGAAACUUGAUCUAAAGUUGUUUCACAGGUGUCCUAAGAGAGUGUCUCCCCAGAGAGCAUGUAUGAAUGAGGCUGUGGUCCAUGCACUCGUACCCGCUGUAAAUGUAGCAAUAGAGAAGGUUUCCUAUGCUAGAAUCUUGCUGACACCUGUCAAUGCUAAGGAGCGGAUAUCCUGAAUUACUGGGGAUUUGGACAUGUUAACUGUGCAUGAAGCAAUCCUGGGAGGAUUUCUGCUUGAUGGGGGUUUAACAGACACACUCAUGUGCCUUGGGGUUUGGGUUGGGGAAGGGGGGGGGGAGUAAAGGUCAAAGGUUAGAGAGAAGACUGUAGUUGAAAAUAGCAUUAUCAAAGAGCAUAAUUGCACCAAGAAGAAUUGCACUAGUGGUUCAUUAGUUGAUACAUAUGGAUCAAAGAUGAAUGGAUGUACUGAAGUUAUAGUGAGAGUUAAGCACAUAUAUAGACCUAUCCCCAUUUCUAAUUUUGGAGUACAAACAUUUUGGAUACAAAAUUGUAAGUGAAUGAGCAAGGCCUACAGAAUUUACCACCAACUGACAAUGUAUGAGUCUGCUUGUACAAAGUAUCUUUCAUCUGCAAUGGUGUAUGAACAUUUUCAAAUCUUGUGCUGAUUUCUGGGAUGCAGAGAGUAUGCUUUGUACAGACAGUGAGACCGUACAGUUUAAUAGUGAAUGCAUGGUGGUUAUACAGUGUAGCUGUACACCUUUCUGAUGGUAGUACCAUAUUUUUGUGUUCGUAUGAUUAUAAAGUGGUCAUUAUUUGUUGAAAAUUGUUGGUCUCCAUAGCAGGGACCUGUGGAUAUGUUUUUGUUUAUUUUUAAUACCAUGUCACAUAAAGCUUGUAGAUUAUGUUUUUAAAACUGUCUUAUAUGUUUUAUUCUAGAUAUCAUAUUUUUGGUCUACUUUUGUUUCUCGGUAUUGUUAAACAGGCUUAUCAUCAGCAGUAUUAUAUUUUAUAGUGAUAUGUGUUGCUUUAAAAUGUUUGGGCCAUUAGCACUAAUCAGUCAUGAGGCACCAGGUUGUUUACAUGCGUCUUUUGCAUUGCCGUGAUUUUGGACAGCUGACAGACUGGAUUAUGGCACUUUGCUCUGUUUAUGAAGGUUGUUUAACUAUGUGUUCGCUUUCAAAUGCUACAAAGCUUACAACAAUGAGGAAUAAACUGGGUCUUGUUGCGGGGGGGGGGGGGGAGGGAGGUGCAGCAGGGGGCAUUAAGCUUUAGCACAGCUGAACCCUCACCUGCCCUUCCCUGCCCUGCUCUGUCUUGCCUAGGGCUAAGUGUUAAUGCCAUGUGAUUAGCCACAGAACAUAGCCUUUGCAUGCACAUGGCUUUGCUGUAGGUGCAUUUAUAUAAAGAUACCAGGGCAGUGUCUUUAAAGUAGGACCUGCCUACUCUUCAUGCUGCUAUAAGUAUGUAAUCUAACAGGUUCAUUAGAUUGCUCUGUAUGCACAAAUACGUGCUCUUGGGGUGAGGGUUCCAAAGCGCUUGUUGUCAUGGAGACCUUGUCAGAUCUGGUCUUCACAGCUCAACAUGUUUUUAUCCCUCGCCUAACCAGAGCUGCAUGAGCAAAUCUUUCUAGUUUCUUAUCAUAUGUUGAGAACAUACACCAAAAGUAUAUAUCCAUGGCUUUGGUUCACAUCCUUGUCUUUAGAUACCUGAGUAGUCCGUUUCAUUGUCUCCCUAUUCUGUAUCAAUUAUUACUAUAGUUUCCUUGUCAUUUGACCAUACAGCUAGAAAAAAAGAAAUAAAAAAAUAAUAAUCAGUCUCUUAGCAGGGGCCUCUCCAGUCUGAGGCCCCAGAUAAAAGACACACUCCCAAAAACAGUGGCAACUGGCAAAUUCAUACACAUUCACAGACAUACACACAUACACACACAUGCACAUGCACACUCGCCUGUACCAAACAUAGAAGCGUGGAAUGGUAUUUUUGAAAAUAGAGCUGCCACUCUUAAAGCUGUUUCAAAGAAAAACUUCAGCUGAACUAAGACACUCUAGUCUGCAUAGUAAAAUAUAGCUAGUAUGAAAUGAAGAUGGAGGACAACAUGAGGGGACACAUACAAAGAUAGAAGAAUAAUAGCAGGAGAGAACUGAGACCCUGCUGUGUGUGUGUUGUGCGGGUAUUGCUUUAUUUUCCAGACUUUCAGGAGAACAAAACAAAGAAGUUAUUUGAUAAAAAUGGGUCCGAUCUUUGCUUCAAAGCCACUGUAGUUUCAACUGUAAGACUUCAAAGUGUUACGUAUGGAACAAGACUUCAGAUCUAACAAUACUACUAUGUAUACAGAGAAAUACAGCUAUAUACAUGUGAAAUGUGCAUGUACAAACUGAAACAAACCAGACUGAUCAGUUGAUCUAAGACAUUUAAUUCUCCAUGGACAGAUUAUAGAUUUUUUUUCCAGGGAAAAAAUGAGUGGGGGGUGGGGGGUGGGGGGGGGGGCGUCGUUGAUGAAUUUCUGUCAAAUUUGUUUCCGCAGCUUUCUCCAAACCCUACAUCCAGACAGGAUAUAAUCAUCAGAUCAUAAUAAUGACCAUAAUUAUGACCAUUAUAAUGAGCUUGGCUUGUUUCUGCAUGUGGUAAGUUAUAAUCCUGUAUGUAAUAGUUUAAAUGGAAAUUAAAUCCUGUUUUAAAAAAUGUUUAAAAAAAUAGCAAAUUGUAUUAAAAUACUGGUUCUGAAACAGCCAUGCUUCUUCUUCCUGCGUGGGGUAUUGUAAAGAGAUUGCUGUGGUAGUUCAUCUUUUCGGCACUGUGUUAAUCUUAGUUGAGCGGUUAUUUUGUGUGCAGUACUCUGUAUCUCUCUUUGAAUCUAAAAUUAAAUAGGCCUAUUGCAGAUUUAUUGUAAAAGGGAAACAGCCUGAUGAUCACCAAUAAAUUUAAUGAGAAUCAGA